AUGUCCCUCAAGAAAGUACUGAUCACAGGUGCCUCUGGACUUUUAGGUAGAGCAAUAUUCAAUGAAUUUAAUGCUAAUUCAACAUGGAAAACAUUAGGUUUAGCUUUCUCUAGACCAGGCAACCAUCUGAAAAAAGUUGAUUUGACAAAUUUUGAUGAAGUUAAAGCAGUAUUUGAUGAAUUCAAGCCAGAUGUAGUUAUACACAGUGCAGCUGAAAGACGACCAGAUGUAGUUGAAAAUCAAACUGAUGCUACAAAACAAAUAAACGUAGACGCAACCAAAAAUAUUUGUAUAUUAGCAGAUGAUAUGAAGGCAUGGGUAUUAUUUAUUAGUACAGACUAUGUAUUUGAUGGUACCAAUCCACCCUACGAUGUUAAUUCGGUACCUAAUCCACUAAAUAAAUAUGGUGUUAGUAAAUAUGAGGGUGAAAAAGUCGCAUUAGCCUCUAGUGCAGAAAACAGUGUACUACGUGUACCAAUAUUAUAUGGUCCAAUAGAGAAGUUAGAAGAGAGUGCUGUUACAGUACUAUUUACUAAAGUGAAAGUAACUGAUACUAAAUGUACUAUGUCUAAUUAUGAACGAAGGUAUCCAACCUACUGUCCAGAUAUAGCUGUAGUCAUACGUAAACUUUCUGAUGAAAGAAUGAAAAAUCCUGAUAUUAAAGGAAUUUAUCAUUGGAGUGGUGAUGAGAAUAUGACAAAAUAUGACAUGGCUGUAGGUAUGGCAGAAAGUUUUGAUCUUGGUAUUGAACAUAUAGAAGCUGAUAAUAAAUCUUCUCCUGGUGCCCCUCGACCUUAUGAUGCACAUUUAGAUUCCUCCAGACUUGAUAAUGUUCUACAGGUUCCUAGAACACCUUUUAAAUCUAUUAUUAAAGAUGUUCUGAAACCAUUUUAUCCAUAG